AAAAUUAGAAAAAAGAUCUAAAAGUUCGAUGUGGUAAUCUCGUACGAAAAUACGUGGACCAUACGAAUUCGAGCGGUUCCCCACCCCAAAGAAAUCAUGUGACACGCCACUGCAAAUUGCAAAUCGUUUCCGUCGGCGUCAGCAGGCCGUCAGCUGUCAAACUCAAAGAUUAAACCGAACGAUUUUUGUGAUGUGUUAUUUGUGAUUUUUUUACUAAUUUUACGCAAACGUUAUGGCGGGAAAGCGAAUUAGAUCUCGAAAUUCGCACAAUUCGAUACCGGUGACUAAUUUGACAAAUCGGGCCGUACCGCAAACGACCGUUACUAGUACGGGGGGACACAAAGUUCCCGACGAUCUUCUUUCGCUAACGAAAGAGCAGUUAAAGGCCGAGUGUAGGAGGAGGGGUCAAAAGACGACUGGCACAAAAGUCGAAUUGUUACAAAGAUUGGGGCACAAAAUGAUAGUGAACAGUAGGAAGAACGCGGCGAGCGCCGCCAACGGCAACGCCACCCCGCAACCGGCAACUGCGAAGAGCGUGCACUCGAACACGCGACUGAAGAAGCAGCGCGAACGCGAGGAGCGCGAAAAGAUCGUCAUAUGGAAGCAGCCAGUUAGGACCUUAGAGUAUUUUGCCAAAGAAAUUUUUGUCUUAUUAUACACUUUUGGAAAAAAAACUUUAGAAUAUAAGAAAAGCGUAUUAGCGUUAGCGAUCUCAAUUGUAGCAUUAACGACAGUUACUAAAAUGAACGGUCCGCAUCAGACCGUCGUUCAGGAAGUUUACAAACAGUUAGUGUGGUGCCUCUACUGGACCGGUUUGGGGAUACUCUCGUCGGUCGGGCUCGGUACCGGCCUGCACACGUUCAUUUUGUAUUUAGGACCGCACAUCGCGAAGGUCACACUGGCAGCGUACGAGUGCAACUCGCUCAACUUUCCGGAACCACCUUACCCAGACGAAAUCAUCUGCCCGGAAACGGCGAGUUCGUAUGCGGUCACGAUUCUAGCGAUAAUGUCGAAAGUGCGAAUCGAGGCGAUGUGCUGGGGAGCGGGCACGGCGCUCGGGGAACUGCCGCCGUACUUUAUGGCGAAAGCGGCGCGACUGUCAGGGUUCGAUCCGGACGACGACGACGAACUGCGGGAGUUCGAGGAGUUGCAGCGCAAGGAGAACAGCAAGGAACAGCUCACGCUGAUCGAGCGCGGCAAGCUGACGGUCGAGCACAUCGUCCAAAGGGUCGGCUUCCUUGGGAUUCUCGCCUGCGCAAGUAUACCGAACCCGCUCUUCGACUUGGCCGGCAUCACCUGCGGCCACUUCCUGGUGCCGUUCUGGACGUUCUUUGGCGCGACCCUCAUCGGCAAAGCGGUCAUAAAGAUGCUUAUACAGACACUAUUUGUGAUAAUCGCCUUUAACGAGACGCUAAUCAUAACCGCGCUCGAGUGGCUCAGCGUUGUGCCGGUGAUCGGCUCGAAACUCCAGGAGCCGUUCAAGGCGUUUUUGGACAAUCAAAAGUCGAAGCUGCACGGUCAGGCGGGCACGCACGACUCGGGCAGCCUGCUGAGCUCGAUCUUUGAAAAGUUUGUGAUAGCGAUGAUAUUGUACUUUGUCGUUUCGAUAGUGAAUUCGUUAGCUCAAAGUUACCACAAGCGGAUUCACCAAAAAAAGAGUUCCAAGUCGGCCGAUUAGUGACCGUUUUAAAUUAAUUUCUAGGAGAAUUUUGUUAUUUAUAUUUAAUAUUUUAUAUUUUUAUCUGGAAUUUAGUGGAGACCACGAGAGCCAUUCCCUUAUUUCGUUUUAAGUGACUAGGGUUUGUUUUAAUUUAUAUUUAAGUCGAUGUUAAGCAAACCCCAAAGUGUUUUGUGAUAAUUCCGAUAAUUUUCGACGUUCCGUUAAUGAUUUGAUCACUUAUCACACUGUAGAUAGCAAUUACGUCGCAAGUAUUUUAUGUAGAGCUAUUUAUGUGUAGUUUACUUAUCGUCUAUUAUUAUUCCAAUUAAACUAUAUCCAUUAAACACAUUCUACUGUUGUAUGUAUUUGUUUAUCCAAAAUCCUAUUUUCUAUUUAUUGUAAUAGCACUGUAACUUUGUGGCGGUAUCUUUCGCGUAAUUGUUUUUUGGAAUUUUGCAACUUUCCGUUUGUAUUAUGUGUAGGGUCUGUUUGUAUUUUGGAGAUAAGUACAAUGAAAUAAAGCUAUUAUUUAUUAAA